UGCACACUUUUCACUCCAGUCAGUGGCUCUGCUCUUGCCAUUUGCACUGCAAGGAAAUCCUGCACUUGUUACUGUUUCCUACAUGAUUUUGGAUAAUCCUGUUUGUUUGGUGCUCUGGGGAUGUUAAUUCCACCUAUCACUUGUGUACCUUCCUCACCAGCCGCAGCUUAACACCGUGCAAAUCUCAUUUAACCACUUGUGUAUCAACAACAAUCUACACUGGAAUAAGAGGAGUUCCUGUUACUCAGGAAGAGGGGCCCCUUUAAAAGAAGGGUGUCUUCUUCUCUCAAUUACAUUUGCUCUGUGUACAGAGCUGACAUCUGCUUUAUUCAUGUUCCACAAAGUCCCCUGUGGGCUUCAGGAUGAAUCUUGGGGGGCUGCUGGUUUCUCUCUGUCUCCUGCUGGUUAUCAAUGCUGAGGGAGAUCCCAUUCCAGAGGAGAUGUUCAAGAAGAUCUCAGAGGGAGCUGUCACUUCCAUUUCAGAAUUACGGAGGGUUCUGCAGAUAGAUUCCGUAGAUGAAGAGGACAAUUAUGCAUCGAUUAAUGAACUAAGAAGUUCGCCCACGAGCAAUUCCAGUCAUUCCCGGGUCAUUCGCAGCUUAGAUGCAGAACAAGCCGUCCUUGCAGAGUGCAAACCCCGCGUCGAAGUGUUUGAGAUUUCUCGCAAGUUAGUGGACCCCACUAAUGCUAACUUUCUGGUGUGGCCCCCGUGUGUCGAAGUUCAGAGAUGCUCUGGGUGCUGCAAUGGUAAAACAAUGCGAUGUGCCCCAACAAGAAUCCACAUCCGCCAUGUUCAGGUAAACAAAAUCUAUAUAAGCCGACAAGGGAAAAAACAUGUGAAGGUUAUAGUUCCUUUAGAGGACCAUCUUGUCUGCAAGUGUGAACCUGUCCCUUCAUCAACUGUACGGAUCCACCAUACUCCGCCUGAGAGCAAGAAAGCAAUAGAACUUCCUCCAAGCACUAUGGCUCCGGCUCCUACAUCUAAAAAAGAAGAGCAACCGCUGCGACCCCAUAAGAAGAAAAAUAGAAAAUUCAAGCAUUUACCUAGCAAGAAAGAGCAGAGAGAACUUUUGGUCACGUAGUGAUCAUUGAAAAGAUCUUCAUAUGGGUCACAGGACAGGCUCCAACCCAAUGAAACAAACCUGGCCCCUAUGGGGCUCUUCAAUGCUCCUUUCCGAGCCUCUGCUUUAAAUAACUCCUCAAUUGUGCUUUUUUGGGGCACAAAGGAAAAAGGACCGUGCCUCCACUUCGCCCACUGCCCUCUUAUUGCACAUCUAAAUACAACAACGUUUUUUUUCUUGGCUGCAAAGAGUACUCAAAAACCACUGACUCAAAGUGACUACAUAUCUGAGCUGAUGAGGGUGUAGAAGCAAAAAGCCCAUAAAUCACUGGAUGUAUAUUGCUACCCUAUUUAAUUUGUCUUUGUUUUGUAUUUUUAUACAUAUAUAAAUAUUUUUGUAAAAAGUGGUUUCCUUUGCUGACGUUGCACGAGGCAGAACAGAGUCUGGAUAAAAGGAAUGGGACUCGGUGCUGAAAAAUUCUUUCUAUUUUUAUUUUAUUUUAGGGCCACAAUAGUCAGUUUUACAAAGAACAUUAGCAAUGUAGGUAAAGCCCUUGACCCUUUGCCCUUACUUUGAGAUAGGCUGUAAAAAUCUCUAAUGCCAUGAAGAAAUUCCACACUAGGCAAUGACUGAGUUCAGCAGGAUGUUUAACUUCUCCUGAUCUUUCAUAUUCUACGGAACCUCCAAACAUCUACAGUCUAAAAUAAAGCCUUUCAAUAAACAAACAUAGGAGUUUGGCAGAACUCUCUCACGCUUACGUUACAUGAGGGUGCCUUUCCUCUUCUGUUUGUAGCCAAACACUCCACUUUUUUUCUCUAUAUGGCCCUGAAUUCUUCCGUUCAUCUGUUAAGCUUUAACUUAUUUUUCAUUCUCUCCUGAUAUUAUUUUUGUAUUUUCUCUUUGAAACAGCUCUGUCUGCCUAUAAAACUCAAGAAUACGUGUUAAUUGUGUAAAGUAAUUUAUAUUCAGUAUUUAAAUUGUACAGAAACCAGAAUUCUUUUAAUUUGUAUUAAAAUACAGUAUUACACUG